GAACGAUUGCUGGCCCAGAAAAGGGAAGUAGAGGAGAUCGAGCAAAAGAUGAAGAUUGAAGCACUGCAGAAGAUACACCAAUCUGAGGAUGCCGUUAAACGCAUGAAUGAUCCAGUCAGUGAUACCAGCGAGCUUGAAAAACUGUUUAUGUUUGUGGAUGAGAAUGGACAGACAUCCAGUGGCAACAACACAGAGUUCCAGGGUAUUCCAACUCCAGCAGAAUUCAUGAAUCCUGAAAACAGCACCAUGCUCGCAUCAUCUGGUGCAGAUUACAACACAGAAAUGGAUGUUUCUGAGUACAAAUUCUCCAAGUUUGCCGCCAUGUACUUCCAGGGCAAUGCCACCCACACUCACAUCCGCAAAGCUCUCCGGCAACCACUUUUGCCUCUUAACAGUGAAGGCGUGAUCAGUUGGCUGCCCUUGCAGUGUGGAUAG